ACACGCACCCAUGGCAAGGAGCAGCCUGACACCAUUUGACAUCUCCUUGCUUCCUCAUUUCAAUAUUAACUGUUCACCAGAAGAGAAACAGGUUUGGGGCGCGGGUGCUGAGCRCUCGCAUGUCUCUGUGGGUGAGCAACAGCUUUCCUGCCCUCUGUCCCUCCGCAGCCACAGGUCAUUUCUCUGAGCUGCCUGCAACUGCCACCUGCUAUUGGCACCAGGCUGGCUUCAGAGGGACAGAUCUGUGGAUGUGCUGCACUCUCUGCCUCGGCUGGGGUGCAGUGACAGGGCUCAGAGCUGUGCCUGCUGCUGCUCUCAUCCCAGAACGGACUUGCUGAAGGAUUCCUACCCCUCCACAGAGCAAUAAUAAUGACCCAGCUGCAGUUUAAAGAUGCUUUUUGGUGCAAGGAGUUCACUUUCCACACCGGCUAUGAGGUGCUCGUGCAGCGGCUGCUGGAGGGGAAGAAGAUGUGCAAAGAUGUGGAGGAUUUGCUCAAGCAGAGAGCACAAGCAGAAGAGAGAUAUGGGAAAGAGYUGGUUCAAAUCGCCCGAAAAGCAGGAGGACAAACAGAAAUCAACACACUGAAGGCAGCAUUUGAGAUGCUCAAGCAACAAAUUGAAAGUGUUGGAAACUCUCAUAUCCAGCUGGCAGUAAUGCUGAGGGAAGAACUGAAAGGAAUAGAGGAGUUCCGAGAAAGGCAGAAGGAGCAAAGAAAAAAGUACGAGGCUGCAAUGGAGCGCAUGCAGAAGAGCAAACUGUCCCAUUAUAAGAAAACAAUGGAGUCCAAGAAGACCUAUGAGCAGAAGUGCAAGGAGGCAGAUGAGGCUGAGCAGUCCUUUGAACGCACCAGUGCUUCAGGCAACCAAAAGCAAACAGAAAAGAGCCAGAACAAAGCCAAGCAGUGCAGAGAUGCAGCAAAUGAAGCAGAGAACGUGUACAAACAGAACAUCGAGCAGCUGGAUAAGGUCAGGACAGAGUGGGAACACGAACAUAUCAAAACCUGCGAGGUCUUCCAGCUCCAGGAGUGCGACCGCAUCACGAUCCUGCGGAACUCGCUGUGGGUGCACUGCAAUCAGCUGUCGCUGCAGUGUGUGAAGGAUGAUGAGCUGUAUGAAGAGGUUCGGGUCAGCUUGGAGAACUGUGUUGUAGAGUCAGACAUAGACUACUUCAUUAAGACRAAAAUGACAGGAACACAACCUCCAGAUGCAAUAGGGUACGAGAACUACUACACCAGAGAUUCCUACAGGCGCAACAGCAGCCCCACCCAGUCCUGUGGGAUGAUGAAGAGGUGGGUGACAAACCUCAGUUCCCAGAACAGAUUCUCUGGACUACUGCAUGGGAGCAGCAAAAACAACACAGAAACUUCCUUCAACACACAGGCCAUUCCUUCAGCCCCUCCUCUGGCAGAGAGAACAGACGGAGUCUAUGCAUCCAUUUUUGUAAAUGAAGAAGCUGGGAUCACAUCAUCACAGGACUACAAAGUACUUUAUGACUACACAGCCCAGAACACAGAUGAACUGGACAUCAGUGAAGGAGACAUUGUAGUUGUCAUUGCAGAAAAUGAGGAUGGAUGGUGGACAGCAGAAAGGAAUGGGCAGCGAGGCUUCGUGCCAGGGUCUUAUCUUGAAAAGCUUUGAUAAAAARAAGUCCCAGCCCUCAGACUUUACAAAUAUUCUAUUACUGAAAACAACCAGCACUCRAGGUCUGCUUCAGCUGACCAAGGGCAUCUCAAUAAUGUUUUCUACAAUUAUCAGUCAGAAAAAGAACAACUGACCAUGCUUUUCUCUCCCUUGCUCCUGCCUCAUCCCAGCAUCUUCUGGCCUACAYUGUCUGCAAAAACCAUCAUCACUGCUGAGAGAUUAGGAUUAGGAUGUCUUGACAUAGUCCUACCCUCAGCACACUGUGCUGCUAGCAGCAUUGCAAAGCUUGGCAAAACAKGGAGGAAAAUCCUGCCCAGAUUUCAACUGCAUGAAGGAAAAAGGUCAGGGAAGCAAGUGCAGGAUAAAGGACUGUCCUCCAGCCAGCCUAUGAGCCACCCUCAUGGUGACAGCAGCCACCUUCUCUGCCAUGGAUCCCCUUCUCUCCCUGCACAGGCCAUACUGGCAUUUUUGACAGUGGAUGGUUUAUCAGUCAUUGACAAAAAUACAAAAAACAGUGAAUGCAGCAACAGAGGAACACCUGAAGGACYGAGACACAUCCUUUAUAUGAAAACUUGAGGCACUUCCCAUCACAACCAUCUCCUCACACAAUGAAAUCCAUGCUAGCCAUGGCUCUGCUCUGCACUGGAUUCUGGGACAGAUGAUGGGCCCAAGGCUUGCUUUUGCCUUGGUUGGAAGGUUUCCCCAACAUCUCUCUGGGAUUUUGAAGUUUAAAAAUCCAACAACACAAAGAGCAGCUAAGCCAAGCCUCCAGCAGUGCUGCACUGCCAUGAUUGCUCUUCUCUGAGCACCGAGGAAUUGCCAAUUGCCUCUUCCUGCAAUCUGCACACCCGUGUCAGCAGGGCAGCCUUUUCCACCCGGCUCAGCCUCUCCUCCUCUGCCCCAGGCUGCUCUGUCUCCAUCUGCUGCCUGCAGCCUCUGCACUCUGGGGUUUUUGGCACAGGGACAUCCUGGUUUCUUUCCAGGCACUUUUAAUGUGCUCAUUCUUCAACAAACCCUCUUCAAAGAAGGUUGUAUUUGUUGGUUUGAACAUUGUGCAGGUUCACUGUAUUUCACAGAUUUCAGCUCUUAUCARUCUUUCUAGUUUAAUAUUUAAGAAUGUUUCCAACUGUUACUGUGCUGUACAAGGGAUUGAUGAACAGCUUCUGCUACCCCUCCCUUCCCAGUAUUUCAAGAUAGUUAAAAGAAUACUAAAACCCGGUGAUUUAAUUUGAAUCAGAGCAAACUAUUUCUGGGGGCAGAAUGACCCUUUCUACAGUAUCACAAAGGUUUCAGGUCUUAAAACUGAAUCGAAACAAUGAAAAUUAAUCCUAUUGCUACCUGAAAUUCACAGGGGAGGGAGAAACUAUUGGCUCAGGCACAGCAGGAAAGAAAAAUGAAAUUUAGAUAAAGGAAAAAAGCUAUAAUGGUCAAUGCAAUCUUUCCUUAAAUGAAACACAAUGAAGGUCAGAGACACUUGCAGAACCUUAUUGGAAUUCUUCAAGAAUGGAAUAGAAGUUGCUGCAGGCCCUUUUUCUUUAGCUCCCUGCAGUCCUUUGCACAGGCACACCUGUCCUUCCYACAUUCCAAGUGCAGCACAUCCAUAUCAGUGCUGAAGAGCUCCCAGCCCCCAGCAUUAGCACGGGCUCCUGAAGAGCUGGGAUGGCACCGAAGGCAGCAGUGUAAGAACAGCAGUGCUCACCCAGGCUGCAGAGGGAAGGAGAGGUUUCUGUGACUGACAAAGAUACACAAUAGCUUCAGCUGGGCCAGGACAUUGUGAGUGGAGGCUGCCUCACAAUCACAGCAUCCCUUGAUAGCUACUGCAGGAGAGGAAA